AGAUUAGUUAGGUUAAAGGUUUAAACAUGACCAUAAUGUUUGGUAGCUUUUGUCUAAACCAAUAUUGCUCCGUGUGGAGAUUGUACCGUUUAAGUUUUUUCAUAUACAAAAUAUUUAAUAGUCUUGCACCCUAAAAUCUGAGGUGAGGGUAUUAUCUGUCCAACUCGGGAGCUAAAGGAAGUAGAUUAAAAAUACGGUGACGUCAUGUGUAGGGGCAGAGAAUCUAGUUAAGAGUGUUAAGCAAAUGAAAUGGAUUGUCCUGCUUGGCUUGCUGUAGAACGGUAAUGGUAUCAUGGCAACGGAAACAUAGACAUUAGGACCACGGGGCAGUUUGAAGUCCUCAGUCGUUCACCACCUGUUCCCAAUUUUAGUUGAUCAAUAACUAACUUUACCAGCUUCGUGAACUUAAUUGUUAAAGAUGGAACCGAACUCAUUGCGUCGCAUUUACGUAGAGAGAACCAUGGCUCUCAUUAAACCAGACGCCAUCCACAGAAGUGAGGAGAUUGAAGACGUUAUCCUCAAAUCGGGAUUCGCUGUGUUGCAGAAGCGGAAGCUGCAGCUAAGUCCAGAGCAAUGCAGCGACUUCUACGCAGACCAGUAUGGAAAGUUCUUCUUUCCCAACUUGACUGCCUUCAUGAGCUCUGGCCCUAUCAUCGCCCUGACGCUGGCCCGCAGCAAUGCUGUUGCAUACUGGAAGAUCCUCAUGGGGCCUGUCAACAGCCCCAAGGCUCGAGAAACUCACCCAGAAUGCCUUAGAGCAAAGUAUGGCACUUGUGACCUGAAGAACGCACUCCACGGCAGUGAGUCAUUUCAUGCAGCUGAGAGGGAGAUCAAAUUCAUGUUCCCAAACUCUGUUAUUGAGCCCCUUCCUCCGAGAGCAGAAACCGAAGAAUACCUGAGCAAGUAUGUGAACCCAACUCUGGUUCGAGGGCUCACUCAGCUCUGCAAGCACAAGCCACUCAACCCCUGUGUUUGGCUAGCUGACUGGCUGAUCAAAAACUGCCCCAACAAGCCUCAAAUAUGUGAUGGAGCAGCUGUGGAAGGCAGGAAGAAAGAGAAGAAUACAUAACAUCAGAUUGUAUACAUUCUAACAAAUGUCUUCAGGCUUUCGAUAAAGAAAUAAAAAUAAAAUGUAUUUU